UGUUUUGGACAGCAAGCCUAUCAUCCGUUUCAUCCCGUUGCCAAUACCGGAACCGUGUGAUCCCUCUGAGUUCCACUUGACGUAUGAGGAUUUCACCCCAAGACCACACUGUCAUGUCACGAUAUGCAAUGGUCUGAUCAAGUUUGUUGGGUUAAAUUUCCAUGCGGAUAAUGCUAUUCGCAGCAUGAAGCAAGCACAAGAUCAUGGUUGGACGGCUACUACAUGGACCAGAUCAAUCUAUUCAGAUGAUGUUUGGCAUGAUGGCAUGACGAUUGAUACAUCUGAGAUAUAUUUCACCGAUUCGAGUUUGCCGAGUCUUUUGCCUGGGAUGUUUGAUGAGGAAAACAAUUUGACAUGGGGGAAAUUCACCACUGCAGGCCCUACAUUAAGUUUGCUCGAUGACGAUAUUAUUUACAUUAUGGCGAAGGAGAGCAUGUGCCAUCGGACAGCAUAUGUACUCGCUGUCAACACCAAAAGUUUGAAGCUCGAAUCUGGUGCGCAAUGUUCUGCUCAAAAGAUGAGUUGGUUUGAACCCACCUAUGAGCCCUGUCUUCUUCUUAGCUCUUUCGGUACGACUUCAGAGUUGGUUAAAGAAUUUGAAACCAAGGCAACAAUAAUGGAAACCAAGGACGGACCGAUCCUCUCGGUGUUGUCCAAGCGUCUCCACGCACUGCGGAAGCAGCAAAAUCGCAUCGCGCAGAUGGAAGAGUCUGUUGCCGCCGGCAAGACGCUUAGCCAAGAGCAGCAAAAGGAGGCGAUGCGCUCCAAGCCUGUCCUCGCCGCAGUCAUCGACGAGCUCGAGCGCCUCCGUGCGCCGCUCGCUGCCGCCCUAGCCGAGGAGCUCUCCACCAUCUCCGCCCCUGCUGCCGGUUCCUCGUCCAUCUAG